AGGGGGAGGGGCACCCUUACUCCAUCACCUCAGACCUGCACAGCUGCGACCACAACCAAGCUAGCACCAUCAUGCGAAGGACAGACAGACAGAGAGACAGACAGGGCGCUGCGCAGAGACCCGGAAGACUCGGUCCCUCUGGCUUGGUCCAAUCCCGCCUCGGGAAGCGCCUUCGUUACCUGCUCCUCGGCUCCCCACGGCCACAGAUGCAGGGCAGCCGCCUCCCGCCGGGGGAGGGAAGCCCCGGCCACCGCAGCCGCCGCUGCCCGCCCUCCUUCCCUCCCUCCCUCCCUCUUUCUCGCCCUCCCUCCCUCUCUCCCUCCCUCGCGCGCUGCCGCUCGCGGGGCCCUCCCGCGGGCAACCUGUUCUGGACCAAAUCCAGGUAUCUCCGAAAGAGAGAGAGAGAGAAAGAAAGGACCUCUUAUGUGGAAAAGAAAGAAAGACCCUUAACCGCGUUUAUUUUCCAUGCUCUGACCACUGGCCGGCCUCCGUGCAGACGCCCAGGACCCGGCCCUGCAGCGGCAGAGGUGUGCGGGGCCUGCUGCCUCGCCCACGCGGACCGCCGCGCCCCGCGCCCUGCGCGCUCCACACUCCGGGCCGCCGCCCCCCGGCAGCCCAAACACCACACAGACCUCAAGGUCCUUCCUACAGACUCCACAUCCGGUUGCCCGCCUCGCGGCUGGCCUCCGCCCCGGAGCCCGCUCUGCUCCGUCUGCGGCCAAAGUCCACACACAAUCCACCUUGUCCGAGCCCUCGCGCCGGGUCGGACACCCCUCGUAGCCAAGGCGCCCGCCGGGCCACCCUCGGGCCGCGACCCUGCCCCGGACUGCAAACCCCCUCCCCUGCACGGGACCCACACAAAGCCCAGUGCCCACCCGCAGCCCGCAGCCCCCCGCCGCCGCUGCCCUUCACCUGUUCCCGAGAAAGGCUGUAUCUCCGAGCCGAGGCAAGGCCGUGGGCCCGGGCGGAGGGUGCCGGGGAGCCGGGGAGCCGAGGUCCCGGGGAGGCCACAGAGGAUCGGCCGGGCUAAGCCGGAGCCCCAGCAGCCCGCGAGUUAUCUCAGAGACCAAGGCUCUCCUUGGUGAGCUCUUGCCUUUUCCUCCGUCUCCCGCAAGUCUUAAACACUCACACGCCAGGAGUUCAGCUCUAUAAAUCCUGCUCCUCUUUCCCAUAUCAUAAUUAAAAAAAACCAGUAGGGGAGGUUUUAACUUUUAUUGCGAUUUCUGGAGUUGGGCUGCGGAGCAUAUAUUAAGUUUACGCUUAUGCGCUCUCGGCGGGGAGGGUCCUUUAAGAAAUAAAAAUCCAUCUUAAUAUCCGCAGACGAGAGAGAUAAUUUUUUCCCUCCUCUUCACGCUGUUUCUUCUAAAG